CCGCGCCCAGCGCCGGGGCAGCGCGUCCCAGGCCCGAGCCUCGGCGCGCCGCCGUCGGCUUCCGGCACCCGUUCACUGCGCCCCGCUCCGGGACCCUACGCCCCGGCUCCCGGACUCCAGGUGCCCCUGCGUCCCCCGCCGCCGGCGAGCCCUAUGGCCCCCCAAGGGGGUGAGGUAGGAGCAGCCUGAGUGCCCCGAGCCGGUGCCCCGUCCACGCCCCUCCGGGUCGCGCGGCGGGAGUCAUCGGGGAGCUAUGCUGAAGCCGGGUGGUGCGGAGGAAGCCGCGCAGCUGCUCCCUCGGCGCGCUCGCGCCCCUGUCCCCGCGCUCGCGCCAGGACCCGCGGCCCCCGACGGUUCUCGGGCUUCAGCCCGCCUCGGUCUUGCCUGCCUGCUGCUACUGCUGCUGCUGACGCUGCCGGCCCGCGUAGACACGUCCUGGUGGUACAUCGGGGCACUGGGGGCCCGAGUGAUCUGUGACAAUAUCCCUGGUCUGGUGAGCCGGCAGCGGCAGCUGUGCCAGCGUUACCCAGACAUCAUGCGCUCGGUGGGCGAGGGUGCCCGAGAAUGGAUCCGAGAGUGUCAGCACCAGUUCCGCCACCACCGCUGGAACUGCACCACGCUGGACCGGGACCACACUGUCUUUGGCCGCGUCAUGCUCAGAAGUAGUCGGGAGGCAGCAUUCGUAUAUGCCAUCUCAUCUGCAGGGGUGGUCCAUGCUAUCACUCGUGCCUGCAGCCAGGGCGAACUGAGUGUGUGCAGCUGUGACCCCUACACCCGUGGCCGACACCGUGACCAGCGUGGGGAUUUCGACUGGGGUGGCUGCAGUGACAACAUCCAUUAUGGUGUUCGCUUUGCCAAGGCCUUUGUGGAUGCCAAGGAAAAGAGGCUUAAGGAUGCCCGGGCCCUCAUGAACUUACAUAACAACCGCUGUGGUCGCACGGCUGUGCGGCGGUUUCUGAAGCUCGAGUGUAAGUGCCAUGGCGUCAGUGGCUCCUGUACUCUGCGCACCUGCUGGCGUGCGCUCUCAGACUUCCGCCGCACCGGCGAUUACCUGCGGCGGCGCUACGAUGGGGCCGUGCAGGUGACAGCAACCCAGGAUGGUGCCAACUUCACAGCAGCCCGCCAAGGCUAUCGCCGUGCCACCCGGACUGACCUUGUCUACUUUGACAACUCCCCAGACUACUGUGUCUUAGACAAGGCUGCAGGUUCCCUAGGCACUGCAGGCCGUGUCUGUAGCAAGACAUCCAAGGGGACGGAUGGUUGUGAAAUCAUGUGCUGUGGCCGAGGGUAUGACACAACUCGAGUCACCCGUGUCACCCAGUGUGAGUGCAAAUUCCACUGGUGCUGUGCGGUACGGUGCAAGGAGUGCAGAAACACUGUGGACGUCCACACUUGCAAGGCCCCCAAGAAGGCAGAGUGGCUGGACCAGACCUGAAUGUAGAAAUACCUCACUUAUUCCUCUACUUCAAACCUCCUGGCUCAAAAGCACAAGAUCUUUGCAUGCACACCCUCCUCUACCCUCAACUCUGGGCUGCUACAGUUUCUAUUUAAGGACUUGGAGAGUAAUCCAGAAGGACUCUGGUGUCCUGACUGGUUCCUUAGCCCUGGGAAGGAGUUGACAGGGGAUGUAAGAAACUGAACAGCUCCCUGACUACCCCCUCUGGAGGUUGGAAGGGAGAGGGGAAGAGGUAGGGGCCUUCAGAGUGAUAUAAGUUGCACUAAAGCACAUGGUCAAGGCUCAUUUUUCCUUUCCUUUGCACUGGCUUCCUGACACUUCUUAUGUGUGCAAGAGGAAGGGUACCUGGAGAGAGCUUCUUCGUGUUCCUACCUGACUAAGGGUAGAUGGGACAGAGAGAAAACCACAUCUCUUCCCUGAGUCAGUUUGCCCGGUACCCCAAAAGAAACUCUCAGGCUACAAACUUCUUCCUGGGAGAGCCUGGGAUUGCUAGAUAAAAGUUAGUCCUAGUGGACACGGUCCCAUUCACAUGCUCAUAGGUUUAUAAACUGCUGUAUUUUUUAGGGGAAAAAAUUAUAUAACUAUACAAACAUUCAUUCUCUUACAAUCUCCCUCUUCUUUUCAACCUAUAUCAGAUAGCACUGCCUCUUGCUCACUUGCUGCCUGUUCCAGCCAAGUGGCAUGUAGUGGUCCUUAUGCCUAACAGAUCACUAGAACACUCCUGAGAAAGAGUAAUUUAGUAAGCCUGCCUAGGCCUUGGGAUUUUAUUUUAUUUUUGUAAAGUUUCUAUGUGCUCUUUUGGAGGUCAACUAGGUUUGGGAAACACUAUUAGUAAAAGAUAUGUGACUCAUGGAGGGUGGGAGAAGAUAGCAGGCCUGAUCUCAAGGGUCCCACAUGAGGCAUCAGUGUAUACUAGUCAGGUAGGAAUGUCUGGUUUUGACAAGUUUUAGGAGAGAAUCCUAGUCUCUGAAGUUGGGCGUGGAAUCCAGUGGCUACAGCGGAAAGCAGAGCUGGGGCUUUGGGGCCAAAGUGGUACACAGUUUAGAAAAUCACCUUUCCACAUUUAUUGAACAAAUUUGAAUUUAGUGGCUCUGUAAGUUCUGGGGAUUAUUACUGUUCACUCCAUCUUUGGUUUAAACAGGGGAGUUCCUUCUCUGCUACUACCUGCUGCCUAACUAAGCUUCAGUAGCGGAGUCUCCAGAGACAGCAGGCUUAGUAAGCCACGGGCUAGGACACAGAGUCCCAGAAACUGUGAUGUCCUAUUUUUAUGUGACUUGGACAAUGGAAGAACAGAAUGGUAUAGAAAUUUGCAGUUAUGAUAGACCUGGGUUGAAAUCACAGCUGUGCCAUUUACUGUUUUUGAUAUUUUGAGCAAGAUACCCAAAUUCUCUGAGCUUCUAUUGUCUCAUCUGUAAAACAAGGUUAUAAACAUCUCAAAUACUGAGUUUUAAUUAUGGCCCCAAUUCCAUCUAACAGAUGCUCUUACCAAAAUUCCUAACUGGUCUAGCCCAUCAUGACUUCUCUUGGAACCUCCCAUUUAGAAUUGUGAAGUAUUGACAGCAGGAUGUUGAUUAAAGGGCCUACACAAGGAAUUCUGAACAUAGCAUCCCCCCCCCCCAAGUUCCUCCCCAACAUCCCUUGGGGUCCUCACGUGUUUGUGGAGCAGCUUCACUCUGCACAGGCAGCAGAAGGAUAGGGGAGCCAGAGCUCUGGGCCAUGGGGGCAGAUUUAUUUGGAUGAUAGGACUAAUAUUUGUGUAACCUGCCGAGACCUGUGUGGGAGAGUUUAGGGUGGUUUUUCUUUUGGUGAGGGGUUUGCUCCGGUUUCACAUCCAUUAACACAAAACAUGAGCUAGUCAGGGCCCUUGUGGUCUGCGGUGAGGGGAUUCCUGUGGAGAAAUGGGACUGAGUGAGUCAGGCCAGGGGAAUGUCUUCCUUGCAGAGUGGAGUCAACUGGAUAACUGAUGAGCCAAUGGUGGGAUUAGGGAGGGGGAAACGGGAGGGGAAGAGAAGAGCUU